UUUAGAUCUGUUACCUUUAGACUUCCUGUCGCGGGUCUUACCACCUGGCGGGGAGCCCCCCCUGCCUGAAGUGCACAUGGUCCAGUCCAGGGGGGCCCGGGGCCUGCAGCUAGCCGGCUCUCAGGAGGCCCUCAGCUUCCCCGCUUCGCAGCUCUUCACCAACUGUGACCACUUCCCUUCUGAGUUCUCCUUCGUGGUCACGCUCAAGAUCCCACGCCUUGCCAACAAGAGGAACGAGUACAUCUUCUCGUUGGUGGAGGAGGAGUCAGACCGGCUGCUGAUUGGUCUACUUGUCUCUCAGGAGAGGCUCCACUUUUUGUUCCAGGGCCCGACAGGCAAGAAACGGAUCACGUUUAGGGCGGUUCGGCUGGCGGACAACCACUGGCACACAGUGGUGGUGGCCGUCACCGGGCGCUAUGCUACACUCAGAGUGGACUGCGGUAUGGCCCUGGAGCUGGUCUAUGAGAAGCCUUUCCCCAGUGAUCUCUGCACUGCCCACUCCAGGUUCUACAUCGGCAGCAGGAGGCGGUGGAAAGGACUGUUCUCUGGUCUGCUGCGACAGCUGGUUCUGUUGCCUGGGUCAGAUGCUACCUCCCGAGUGUGUCCCUCUUCAGACCCCAGACUGGCAGUCCUCUCUGUCCCUCAGGCCCUGCUCACCAUGCCCAUCACACCCACUGGGAACGACAUAGUCCCCCUGUAUCCUUACGAGGCAGAAGUAUUCAUAACCCCGGGGACCCAGCCUCCCUGUGCCAAGGCAGAGGAGGGCCAGCUGUGGUUUAACACACUGAAGAAAGGCUUGUUCCUGUGUGAUGGACGGCUAUGGACGCCUCUGCUGCAAGAGAAAGAGCGUCUGGACUAUGUUGAAGACUACCAAGACCUUUACACCAACUCAGAGACGUUCGACAUCGAGGUGUUCCACAUCCCCUCCCAAGGACUGUUCGCUGCCACAGCCAAUCGCGAGACCAAGCCGGGCUCUGGAAUCUACAAGUGGGUGGAUGGGAAGUUUCAAGUGUAUCAGAACAUCGUCACCUAUGGAGCACGGGCAUGGGAGUACUUCACUGUGGGCAACAAGAUGUUCCUAGCAGUGGCCAACUCCAAGGGCCAGCCCGGCGGGGAGUGGGAGGAGUCAGUGAUCUACAAGUGGAGCAACAGGAAGUUAAUGUUUCUACCUUAUCAGACCAUAGAGACACACAGUGCUCUGGACUGGGAGGCCUUCAGCAUACAGGAACAACAUUUCCUGGCUGUGGCCAAUCACAGACGAGGUGACAACAAUCACAACAUUGACAGUGUGAUUUACCGGUGGAACCCAGGGACCAAGGUGUUUGAGGUGAAUCAGACCCUCGAGACUUCCGGGGCCUACGACUGGGAGUUCUUUUCCGUGGGGCCAUACCACUUCCUGGUGGUGGCCAACACUUUCGAUGGAAUAUCCACCAACAUCAACUCCACCAUAUACAUCUGGCUGGGAGGAAUGUUCCAGCCAUUUCAAUACAUCAAGACGGUGGGAGCGACGGACUGGGAGAUGUUCCAGGUCAAGGAUCGGUACUUCCUGGCGGUGGCUAACGGCCAGAAACUGAACGAGAGAGGCCCUAGUCACUACAACAUCAACUCAACCAUCUACGAACUGAACGUGAUCACACAGACCUUCGUUAAGUUCCAGGACAUCGUCACAAACAGUGCGGUGGACUGGGAAUUCUUCUCGGUGGGUGAAGAAAAGUUCCUUGUUGUGGCCAAUUCUCACGAUGGAUCCUCGUAUUCUUUAAACAGUGUUAUAUACAGGUGGCAGGGAUAUGAGGGAUUUGUCCCUAUCCACCGGCUCCCAACCAUCGGCUGUACCGACUGGGAAUAUUUCAAUACCACAGCGGGAUCCUUUCUCGUCUAUUCUAGUGCCACCUCUCCCCUGUCUAAAGUCUUCAGGCUGAAGACAUACUGAUUCCUCGCUGUUUCUGACGCUCCACUAUCCGAGCCAGUUAGAGAAACAUGGUGUGGUGGAACAAUGGAAGGGGAAUGAAUCACAGCUUUUCUAGUGUUGCUGGACAGACUGGCAGGCAGGCAGACAGACCAACAGAAAGGCAGGCAGGCAGGCAGACAGACCAACAGAAAGGCAGGCAGACAGACCAACAGAAAGGCAGGCAGGCAGGCAGACAGACCAACAGAAAGGCAGGCAGACAGACCAACAGAAAGGCAGACAGACCAACAGAAAGGCAGACAGGCAGACAGACCAACAGAAAGGCAGACAGGCAGACAGACCAACAGAAAGGCAGACAGACCAACAGAAAGGCAGACAGGCAGACAGACCAACAGAAAGGCAGACAGACCAACAGAAAGGCAGACAGACCAACAGAAAGGCAGACAGGCAGACAGACCAACAGAAAGAGAGACAGACCAACAGAAAGGCAGACAGCCAGACAGACCAACCGAAAGGCAGACAGACAAAGGCAGACAGACCGACAGACAGACAAAGGCAGACAGACGGACAGACAGAAUGGCCCGACAGACAGACACAGAAAGAAAGGCAGACAGAACUGUAAUUGUCUCCCCAGUUGUGUCGGAGAUCCAGGCUGUGGGAGAGAAUCCUGCUUUUAAAACGACGAGAGAGAUGUUGCAGCAGCAUCAUGAGAUUGUGGAAAAUGAGGGAAGGAAUGUGUACCGUUGGUUUGUAAACAACUUACACUAUAAGAGGGACAAGUUUCAAAGUUUAUUCGCCACUUGGGUACUGGAGUGGUUGUAUAUACAGGUCAGUACCAGAACCUUAUUCAAUGUCCAGAGUGGUGGAGGUGGGUUUAUACAUAAAAAGUGAUUGGUCGGGGGCCUCCCGGGUGGCGCAGUGGUUAAGGGCGUAAACAUUU